GAGAACCGGUACAUGUCCGUUAUAUUUAACGAGCUGGUUGUUUCAACUACAAUAAAACUCACGCGUUACAAAGAACGCCAUGCAAAAAUGAACGACUAAAUGAAAUGUCGACUUAAUAUUCUAAUUAAAUAAAGGUGUAUGUGUUCUCUAGGUGGCGCUAGAGAGUCAUGGAACCUGACGUCGUCAGUCUGUACUCUUCCUCCCCGCUUCAACUCGACGAGGGCGGAGAGGAGGAAGAUGAAGACGACUUCGGCGAGUUCGGCGUCUACUGCUGCGGCGUGUCCUCCAGUUUCAGUUUCUCAGAGCUGGACACCUCUAGCACGUCCGGUCAGUCGAGCGAGGUGGACACGUUCGGACGAAACCUGACUGAGACGGAAAAGCUAACACAGAAUCUCCAGGAAGAGUCCAAAUCUGAGCAGCUAAAAUACCAGAAUGAUAAGAAACUGGAAGUUCUUACUGGUGUUUCACUUAGCAUCAUGCAGAACGAGCCGUCUGAGGUCUUUUCUAGAGGGCAUCACAGAUUAUCCAGCACCUCUGAGCCUCAGCACAUCAAGCUUUGCACCGAUCCAGAUCCAGACCGAUCCAUCUGCACCGAGACCGUUCUAGUAUCUAGAACUGAUAUUGUAGCCGGGAAUUCCAGCUUAGAAGCUGGUCAAGGUUCUACAGCGUUCACUGGUUCUCCUGCACCUUUGGAUGCCCACAGAGAGGUCUUCAGGUCUGGGAAGAAUGUAGUAAAAGAAGGGAGAACUGAAAUCAAGGAAGGUCUCAGCAACAAGGAAAUGGAGGUACGGGAUGAAAAGGAGGAAGUUCAGAUGCAAGAUGGGUCAGAAGAUCCUGCAGAACUACCUAAUACACCACCUGUCCAAGUGGUGAAGGUUAGUUUGGUCCUUGAUGCAAAGUUAACUGAGAACAAUGAGACGUCUGAUGAGCCUGGAAUAAAAGUAGAUGAUUCUAAUGAGACCAUGGCUUCCUCUCGUGAAGAACAGAUUAACCAUGGUGCCUUUGAUGCAUCACCAGACCCCUUGGUUGAGAAGGUCAUUGAUAACAUCAAGGAGACAAAAGCUUCCUUUUCUGAAGAACCAGGCUGCGAUGUUUCUGAGAACCUUGCUAAGAUCAAUCCAACCUCUGAUGCCCAAUUUAUUAAGAACAUCACAGAGUCUGCAAUGAGUCCCACAGUUGAGCUGGCUGCCGAAACAGAAGGGGAAGAACAAUUUAAGGAGACCACAGUCGCCCCCACAGUGGAGACAUUCUAUCAAGAUGAGCCUGAUGGGGUCAUGACGGAAGUGAAAUCCAACUCGGUUGAUUUCAAGGUGGACCUCACUCAGGGUUUUGGAGACGUCACAGAAUCAACUCAGGACGGAUUUGCUGACUUUGUCACCGCACUGACGUGCUGCUCCACCGACGACGAGUUUGAAGACACGGACUCCAUGCAGGAUUUAAAAGAGGAAGAGGAAGAGCUGUUGGCCGACGAUGAGGACAGCAGAUUGUUUUCAGAGCUUCCUCCCAGCGAAAGCUUUGCAGAUUUCAGUUCAGCUCCGUUUGGAGGCCUCGCAGGAGCGGAGGGUGAAUGUUGGUCGGCGUUCGGCCAGCAGGAGGAAUUCGGAAGGCAGCCGGAGUCAUGGGCGGCGUUCGAUGAGGGACGGCAAAGUGGUUCUGCCACAGAACCUCACGCUGAAGACCUCCAGACUGAUCUUGUGUUGGAUGGCCUGAGUCUCAGACUGCAGCAUCUUCUCAAGAACGUUUUCCCCUUAGAGAUCACGCUGAAAGAUCCUGAAGUUCUGACCCUCAUGACCCUGCUGGAGCUCAAAGAUCGUGAAGAACUCAGGUUCAAGGAGUCCGUAGCCCUGUGGCAUCACCUGCUGGACAUCCACAGUGCCCAUGGUCUGAAGGUGCAGUGGGUGGGAUCACGCAGCAACAGAAUUCUGCUGGACUGCCUGGGAAUCCACAAUAUAUUGUUUACAGGUCAGAACAAGCAGCCCAUGAUCGUUCCCAUGUUCGCCGCGGGUCUGGGAAUGCUUGAACCUACCAAAGAUCCUGUGAAAGCCUCGCCAGUGUUUCCCUCAUUUUCACCCAGCCAAGGAAGAUCCACUCUAUGCACUCAGCAGGUGGCGGCCUCGCUGAACUUCUACCAGGACGGUACGUCUCAGCGCAGAUCAUCUUUCUCUGUAAUGCAGGUCAAAAGCAGCCGCCACUCUCGACAGAAAUCUUACUCCUGAUCCAGCUUUCCUGUUCCUACUGUCCAUCCUUACUGUCCUCUCUGCUUAUGGACCUCAUGUGGUGCUUUCUGCCCUCCUGACCUCCCCUCUACCAAACACACUGACCUGCCUUAAACCCCUAGGUGCUGUAGUCCUGUAGUCCUGUGUUUUUUAUAUAUGGGACUCGAGGUGCUCGUGUGCUGACUGAUUUCAAUCCUUGGCCGUAUCUUUACGAUUGCACUGUCAGGCUGGAUCUUACUACCUCGUUCGGUCAGUACGCAAUAUUUCUCAUUUCUGUGCCACCUCUACACAGGCUGGACUGAACAGAACUGGACUCUCAGUUCCAUGAAAAUUAGAAGCUACGACACAGCGGUCCAGUGCACUAGCCCACAACAAUGAGCUGUGCCUGAGGGAGAACAGGUCGGAUGUUAUUCACCUACGUGCCGAGAGGACGUGGUGUUACCAGUUACCACUCCAGGCUUAUUCCACUUUCCACUUUUAGACCCCUGUGACACCUAACUACCCCCCAUGUACCCACUAUUCUGUACACGUAUACACGAAUGUCUAACGUGCUACGACUUCAAACCUCAGCUGUGCUAUCAACCAGCCAGGUGCCCACACAGAUUGACACUAUUGAUCCCCUCAGGAUGCGAUCGGCUGUGUGUCUGUUUGGGGUGGCACAACGUCACUGCUGCUGCAAUUACGGCCCCUGCUCCGCCCGGUUUAUGUUGCACUCUGUAAGACCUUGACUCUAGCAGGUGAAAAGAAGCGGUUGGUCUCAGCGCGCAUGUCCGAGGCAGUUCAUGACAAGAGUCAGAAGACUGUUAUAGACUUCAUGUCAAUCCACAUUUAAAAUAAUUUAGCAUUACAUUUAGGGAGAAUCAUCAUCCUGUUAAACAGCCGUAAAACACAACAAUCAUUUUCAUCAUAUAGUGAUUAAGUCUGACCUCGGAUAAACUGUGAUCCUGCUCCUGAUCUGUCUUAAAUCGCCUUCUCUCUGAUGCACUUUUUUCUGUUAAAUCUCAUUUUUUUCAUGAUCCCUAUCUCAAAAUGCACCGACAAACUCUUGUAAACUGAAUCAAAGCAAAUAAAAAGUUGUAUCUUGACUUUUC